UUUCGGUUUCGUAGUGUUAUUUCAGGUCAUUUUGUGAAAACAAAAAUACGUAUACGAACAAGUCGAUUCAAUACGAGUCAGUCAGUUGUGUUUCAAGCGUGAAAGAUUCAUCAACAGCUUUUUCAUUUACCAUUUUCGAAAUCAUUUGAAAGUAAAACAUCUCUAAAAAAAAUGAAGACACGAUCGAAGAAAAACAAAACAAGGUUACCAAAAAAGGGAGGUUCGAAUAUUGAAAAAAUGUCAAAUAAAAGGGUUCAACACCGAAAUGAACAGCAUCCCAAGCGUCGGAGAAUUAACAAUGAAGACACAACAAAUAAUGAUAAUAAAAUGAGACUCAUCAAUUUGAAUAUUGAUUGCCUCGAAAAUAUUUUCAAAUAUUUGGAGUUCCAUGAUCUUUUGAGUCUUGCCAAUGCAAAUAAGAAACUAAAACCAGCUAUUGAUUUGACAUUUUCGCAAAAUUAUGGGAAAUUACGUUUCAAAAUUGCUGAUUUGGAAGUUUUUACACCACGCGAUGAAUAUGAUGAUCCUCUUUAUUUUUUUCCAGAUGGUAAGAUAUCUAUUUUAAAUAUGAUAAUAUCGCUCCGGUCACUUCGCUGUUUUGGACAUUUAAUUACUGAUUUUGGUGUACACUAUGACCAUGGUUCAAUAUUUUAUGAUGAGGUUGACAUAAGCGAGUCUGCAAAGCGACAGAAAGAAAUGAAUCGAUACAUUCACAAAUAUUUGUCAACAGAAUCAGUGACCAAGCUGAAGUUUGGAGUUAUCUCGAAGAAAGAUUUCAAAAUGAUUACGGCAAAAAAAACAUUUCCAAAAGUAAAAACCAUUAAACUAAGCAGCGAUGAGAAUGUCGAAUUGAAAGAGUUUGUUCGCUUGUUUCCGAUGUUGACUAAUUUGAAAGUGUAUCCUGAACAUUUGAUAAGCCCUGGUUGUAUCAUACCUCAAUUCCCUCAGUUGACAAGGCUGGAAAUUAAAAUGAAUUAUGAAAAAGUUAGAAGAAGUGGAAAGAAUUCAAUUGCAACUUUUUUACGUAUGAAUCCACAAAUACAGAGUUUAGACAUAAGUUUCAAUGUUGAUGGUUUUAUUCUCAAAGCUAUUGGUCAACAAUUAAAACAACUUAACAGUUUGAGAAUCUUUUUCUAUUACAUGGAUCAUGUUCAAUUAAGUGAUGAUUACAAAAAUGAUAUUAUUCAUCUGAGUACGAAAAAUAUUACAUUUGAAACUUACGGCUCAAGAAAAAAUCUACCGUCAAUUCCGUUGUCAUGUGAACAACUAGAAGUAUUUUAUUUGAAAACAUCUUGUCAUUUGAAUUCCGAAUUUAUCGAUUUUCUCUCAAGAAAUUCAAGUAUUACCGAAUUGAUUCUUGGCAGAACACAUGUAAAUGAAGGUGAACAUUUUGAUAUGAAGCUGAUGCUGAAAAUUCCAGAAGUAUUGCCAUUGAUAAAAGCAUCCACGAUUCGUGGACCACGAAGAGACGUGGUUAGGGUUUUACUACCAAAUCUACGUAGAAAUUACACGAAAAAAUCAAUGGAAUAA